UUUGUUAACAAGUAAAACAACAUUAGACAAACAGAGAGAAAAAGAUUCAUAUCUUUUGUUUCUGACUUUGUGCUGCAGAAGAACAAGAAAGACAGGGUGUGUUUCGCAUCGAGGUUUAUAGAGCAAGUCCUCUAUAACAAUCUGGCUAAGAAAAGGCCAGCAUAUCAAACGCAUGUUUCAAUUGGGGUUCUCCUAAUUGACAGAAUUUUUCUUCCAGUCUGGCAGCUGCAAAAAAUUUGAGUUCCUCUCGCACCUCUAGGAGGGUGUGGGGUGAUAAUGAGAGAGUGGCCUUGCUUUGUGUUUUAAGGAGAUCGAGAUCAUCACACAUAUGGAGAUUGUGCCGUGUUUCAGUGGGAUUGUCGCUUGAUUAUGGCUAAGGUCAGCCUUGGUUAAACCCUCGGAAGCUUGGUGCUAGAUUUUUGUGGUGUAUGUGGCAAGAUCAUAUUGUUGAUACCGGCUUCCAGACAAUUAUGAGCACAGUAGUUUGCUGUUGAUAGUUUUCGAGUGUAAUCAAAGGUAGUUGGCGUGUUGAUGUAGUUCUCGUAAUGCCCCUAAUGGUUAGGUUUUCGUGUUUCCAAGCUCACACACCUUCCCCAAAGCCUAAGAAAAUUUUCCAACCUUCUGUCGAAGCAAUGAAUAAGUCGCUACAAGAUUCUUCUAAAAAACAAGCUUUUAAUUUGAAGGAUUUGUCUGGAGAAACAAGCUUGAAACCAUCACAGGCAGAAGGAACCAGUAGAAAUUUAAAGCAUCUAUUGUCUCUUCAGCCUAUUCGGAAAUCAGAUGACAAUGAAAGCAACUGUAUUGAUGAAAGUAGCUUAAAUGUCACUCAGACAGGGCGCAUUAUAAAGAGUCGGUCACUGGGAAGUGCAUUAAACCUGGAGGGGAGGCUUUCUGUUAAUAGUGAUGCUGAGGAUGACACAGAUCAAGGAUAUUCUGAUGGUUCUAAUGAGCACAACAGAUAUGAAGUACCAGAUGGAAGGAGAGGAGUAAGUCCACCGGAACAGUGUCAGAGUUCUGAAGUUGUUAAUGAUGGAUCAAUUUUCUCUAUUGGAGACCAAUUACAUUCAGAAAAGGAAGGCCAAGAAACUUCUGAUACUGCAUUGUCUGGUGAGUUCGGUGGUAACUGUGGUGUCCACAUGCCUCGUGACCAACAAGGGCUUGUCAAAUCACGUUCUCUACCAAACAUCACUGAUUCUACUCCAGCUACCAUGGACCAUUCACAUUUGAAUCAUUUAGCAGUUCACUCAUCAAGAUCUUCCCAGGACCUACACGUCCUAGGUGUGAGGCGAAAAGAGAUUUCAGUUAAUGAGCUUGGGAUGCAGGACUGGAUAAUGCCAGAAUCAGAUGAGGCAAACAGAGGGAAAAACAUCCAAGGGGAAUCCUCAGUACACCGUUGGGAUGAAUUGCCUAGCAGGGAUUUCAAGAUAAAGCGUAUUGAGGAGUGGGUGAGUGGUCUUCAGCACAGCAGUCCGUUGGAAGAAACAAAUGAAGCGUCCCAAUUGAAUGAGCAGGAGAAGAGAGAUUCCGGUGACUUAAAUAGUGUGAGUGCUGCCAAGACGGAUGUUAAGGUCACUCCUGGAAUGGAAGCUGCUAAAAGAUAUAUAUCUGCUUUAAGUGCAACUUCCAGCGCAGCUCAGUUGGCUAAUCAUGGAUUGGCAGUGAUCCCAUUUCUUAGUGCAUUCGUGAAUCUGAGGGUGGUCAAUCUGUCAGGAAAUGCCAUAGUAAGGAUAACUGCUGGUGCGCUUCCUCGAGGACUUCAUAUGUUGAAUCUGUCAAAAAACAACAUUGCCAAUAUUGAAGGAUUGCGUGAACUCACUAGACUUCGCGUACUGGACCUGAGCUACAACAGGAUUUUGCGAAUUGGGCAUGGCCUGGCUUCGUGUUCCUCUCUGAAGGAGUUGUACUUGGCUGGAAACAAAAUCAGUGAGGUGGAGGGUCUACAUCGCCUCUUAAAGCUGGCUGUUCUGGAUCUGCGAUUUAACAAAAUCUCGACAGCGAAAUGCCUUGGCCAACUUGCAGCUAACUACAACUCCUUGCAAGCCAUCAGCUUGGAGGGAAACCCCGCCCAGAAGAAUGUCGGAGACGACCACUUGAAGAAAUAUUUGCAGGGACUUCUUCCCCACAUGGCUUACUACAACCGUCAACCAAUCAAGUCUAGCACUCUGAAGGAUUCUGCAGAUAGGUCAGUACGGUUAGGCAGUACCCACCAAUUUGAUCGUGGCCUUAGACCUGAUCACAAGGCGACCAGAAAGGGUACUCAUGGCGCAUCUGCUCACAGGGCGUCAUCUUCAUCAACCCACGGUCAUGCAAAUCAAUCUGUACUGUCACUGAAGAAAUCCAGGGGAAGGCACGGACACCUCCCUCCAACUGGAACCAAGCCAACAACAAGCCAUACUCGACACCACUACGAUAUUGGCAACAAGCUUAUGAACCUCAAACAGGACCUCUCGAUGCGCAGGACUCGGAGUGAGGGAACUAUGGCAGCAAUGUGAGAUUAUUUUGAUGCAUGCUCUUCGUAUUUUACUUGGAUUUUUAUGUUUGCGUUCUGUAUUGUUCGUGGUACUUUUACAUAUCUUAGCUUUUUGAACACCCUAUUGGUACCCAUUGUUGAAUUUGCUUUUGCAAAUAAUAUGUUUCUGUUGUGGGCAUCUACCUACUGAAACAGUGAAACUAUUUGUCUACAAUUUGAUAUUCUUAAGAUCUGUUCUCUAUAUUUUUAUAUCUGAAUUAUAUUGGA